UCCUCUGAAUUGAGUCAAGAGGAGGAAUUCCAGCAGGCUGGACAAGCUGCAGUGAGUGAGGCAAUUGUGCCUGCGCGACAAGCAAACAGCGAUCACCUCCCCCACCAUCAUUCCAGACCCACAAAGGAGGCGGCGCCCAAGCAACCGACAGUCGUGACAGAUGCGCUAGCUCUGCCCGACACCCACAGGCAGCCGUUCACUAAAAUUGCCCAGUGUGUUGGCCUCCCCUCGCAGGCCAUUGACGCGCAGGAGUUAGCCGCUGCCUGGAUGGAACCCCACGCCAUGGUUACCGUCUUCUACAAUCGUCCCAAUGUGAACUCCAUUCUGAAGUUAUUUGGCUCGUGGCUCUUUGAAGCGGCCUCCAGAAUGAUAGUAUCCGAGCGGACACUUCGAGUGGACCCCGCGAGCUUCCAAGUUGGAAGAGCUGAAGCUGUUGCCUGUCUGUGUCGCAUCUUCAUCUACGCGAAGAACGAUCAGGUGUCGCUGGAACAACUCACCAGAUUCUACGUCUGCCUCAUUCGCGCCCUCUCGGUGGACCCUUAUCUUGGUCUCGAUAUUUUCUUUGUCGUUCGCGCCAAAAAAGCUGUCUCUCCGCCUCCAUCUAUCUUCAUUGUGCGAGAAGUCUUCGGCAGUCGACGCUACGAUGCUUUCAAUUAA